AUGCGCUCGUCCACCUCGCUCUGUGUCCUCCUGACGCUUGUAAUCGCAGGCGUUUCGCACGUACUUGGAAGCCUCCGAGCCUCGGCGAAAGAGGUUUACCCGCACUUGGACGUGUGCAAACGCCACCGGAGAAACCUGGCCUUCGAGGCCAGCGGCCAGAAACGCUGCAACAUGGUCACCACUUGCAGCAACGGUUGGCCCCACCUCCCGCCCUGCCAGGAACGCGUCAACCACGGCAGUGCCUCAUGCCCCCUAGCCGAGCGCGGGUGUACCACAUCAGAGCUGUACCAAAACCCCUGCAAACACGGGAAACACCAGAUUGCAACGUGCAACAACCCCGCGCACGGUGAUAGGAUCCCAUCGCAUCCGGAGCAUAUCAGCAAGUAG